GAAGUAGCCACCUUCUUCUCUUCACGAUAGGACGAAGAAGAAGAGCCGUGACCGCCUUAAAAAAUCUACAGCCUCACCAAACUUGCAUUAAACAAUACAAACCGUAAGUAACAAUUAGCAAACCAAUUAUGACUGUCUAACCAAUAAAUAUUCUAAACUAAGAAAGCUUAGACAAUUUCCUUUCUUAGCUUCCAUCAUCCAUCCCCACCUAAUCUCUCUCUCUCUCUCUCUCUCUCUCUCUCUAUUUCUUGUAGGUGAAGUCGUGAACUUUAUCUUGCAAUUCCCAUUCAUUUCCUUUUACCAUCAAAACCCAUGUUUAGAGCACUGAGCACAAGAAGAAGCCAACACGGCGGCUAUGAAAAGUUGGCCGAUGAGUCUACCAUCGGUCUUCUUCCACCGGCCGAGGCACCAACUUUGAAGAGGUCUAAAACUGUGCCGUCUAGAGUGCUUGUUUCUUCGACUAAAUUACCCUCAGAAUUGCCCUUGCCAAAGGUGAAGAAAGCUAAUUCUAAGAGUCACCCGCUAUUCAGUCUCUUUGAUUCUCGCCGGAAAAAGAAAGCUACGGCUAAGCCCGAGUUUACGAGGUAUUUAGAGUAUGUGAAGGAAGGAGGAGUGUGGGAUGUUAAUUCAAAUAUGCCUGUUAUAUAUUAUAAAUGAGAAGCUAUUUAUUUAUUAAUCAAUCUUGAUUUGUAUAUAUGUUUAGCUCUAUUGAA